AUGUUUCAAAAUGUUAAUAAUAUAAAUUGCAUUUUCGCCCUUGCUUCACUUCUAUUCGCCUCGGUCUCCUGCCAAGAAGCUUCCAAGGAACCUAUUCUUCCCUUCUUCACGCUAUUUCACCCGGAAGUCAAUACCUAUCCCCUCUUUGGAACGGAAAAGAUCUGGAUUCUCCGAAGAGAGUGGCCCGAAAAGUGGACUCUUGAUAUUGAAAUCGAGCCUGACAACACCCGGCAUCGAAAGUCUGGGCUUUUUCGAAUAAAGAAGCAGAGCAGAACUCAAGAGUUUAUUUAUUCGCUCGACUGGAAUUUUUCCAGACAGAAGACUGUUCUUUAUGUCGACGACAGACGAAUUGUGUUCUCUAAGGCUCCAAGGAAAUUCUUCAUUGCAUUUAGCGGAGAUUCAGCAUUCCUUUACUACGGCUGUGCGAAGGCUCUUAAAGGAACCGUCUUCGGAGAUGCUCCCCUCAAAUCGCCCAUUUUCGACGAAGCACACCUCGAGAUCGGAUCUGGACAAGCAAAGAACACCGAGUUUCAUGGGAAAAUACACAAAUUUUCAUUUUACGACAGCGCGGAGAUCGCCUUUAAUCUCGCCAAAGAACGAUUCUGGGACGGGGGCAAUAAUAUCCUUCAUGAUCGUCCUUUUGUAGAUACAUUUUUAUAA